ACAGACACAAAAAAGACACACCAAGACAGACAGCGUAGUGCAUCCUAUAUAUUCAAGCACGCCCGCUCCCUCACGGCCUCCUCAUCCUCAUUCACGCGCCCCGACGAUGAUUGCAGAAAAGGCCAGAAGCCUCUUCCAAGACAAGGAAGGCGAAGCACGGCGGCAGCAGGUAGCCUCAUCCUACCCAGAGAGCCUGCCGCCCUCCUACCUCGAGCCUGAGCCUACCGUCCCAGACUUCUUCAGGAGUGUUCUACCACACCCGGCAAAGCAGGCGAAAAGUUACCUGAUCUCGCUCUUUCCCAUCGCCACUUGGAUUUACCGCUACAAUGCACGCUGGUUCGCUGGCGACUUGGUUGCAGGUCUGACCGUCGGUGCAGUCGUUAUUCCUCAAGGUAUGGCGUAUGCGAAAAUUGCGACACUUGCGCCAGAAUUUGGUCUUUACUCGUCCUUUGUCGGUGUGUCGCUUUACUUUAUGUUUGCGACAUCCAAGGACAUUACCAUUGGACCCGUCGCAGUCAUGUCUGCACUUGUCGGCGACAUCCUUGCUGAAGCCAAAAAGACGCAUCCAGAUGUCCCAGGCCAUGUCAUUGCGUCUGCCCUCGCCGUCAUUUGUGGUGUGAUUGUUACAGCCAUGGGCCUGUUGCGUCUCGGUUUCAUUGUCGACUUCAUCCCUAUUCCAUCGAUCGCUGCCUUCAUGACAGGCUCGGCCAUCAGUAUCAUUGCCGGUCAGGUGCCUGCGCUACUCGGCAACAACACCGCCAACAAGUUCAGCACCCGAGGCCCUGCCUACAGGGUCAUCAUCGACACGCUCAAGCACUUGCCAGAUAGUACGCUCAAUGCUGCCUUUGGUUUCUCUGCACUUGCUCUCCUCUAUGCCAUCAAGUGGGGUUUCGGCUACGCUGCGAAAAAGUACCCAAACCGCGCAAAGCUCUACUUCUUCCUCAAUACUCUGCGAACGGCUUUUGUCUUGCUCUUGUUCACCAUGAUUUCAUGGCUCGUCAACCGCAAUCACAGGAAGAACCCGAAGAUCUCCAUCCUCAAGACUGUCCCUCGUGGUUUUCAAAACAUUGGCGUGCCACAGGUGACGGGCGAUAUUGUCAGUUCCUUUGCAAGCAAGUUGCCAUCUGCCGUCAUUGUGCUUUUGAUUGAGCACAUUGCCAUCAGUAAGUCAUUCGGUCGCAUCAACAACUAUGUCAUCAACCCAGACCAGGAGCUCAUUGCCAUUGGUAUCACCAACUGCUUCGGUCCCUUCUUUGGCGCAUAUCCCGCAACUGGCUCCUUCUCACGUACAGCCAUCAAGAGUAAAGCAGGUGUGCGAACACCGCUUGCUGGUGUCAUCACAGCCAUUCUCGUCGUUGUUGCCAUUUACGCCCUCACCCCUGUCUUUUACUACAUCUCCAACGCAUCGCUUGCGGCAGUCAUCAUUCACGCUGUCGCUGAUCUUGUCUCCACACCCAAGGCCAUUCUCAACUUUUGGCAAGUCUCGCCCAUUGAAUUUGUCAUCUUUUGGGCAGGUGUUCUCGUGACCAUCUUUUCAUCCAUUGAAAAUGGUAUUUACGUGACAGUCGCCGUCUCUGCUGCCGUCUUGCUCUUCCGCAUUGCCAAGUCUCGCGGUUCGUUUGUGGGCGCCGUCAAGAUUGGUACCAUCAAAGUACACGACUCGAAAGUGGGAUACCCUCGCAACAUUUACGUGCCGCUCGAUCACUCGGAUGGUCUCAAUCCACUCGUCAAGCCAGUCUCGCCACCGGAUGGUAUCUUCAUUUAUCGCUUCAAUGAGGGUUUCUUGUACCCCAACGCCAACCACUUUACAGACCACAUGGUUGCUCAAAUCAAGGAAGGCACACGACCUGGACAACUCAACCCAUACGGCUCACUCGGUGAUCGUCCCUGGAAUGACCCUGGACCACGUCACCCUGAUCGCAGCCUCAUGGACAAAGAUACCCGUCCUCUCCUACGCGCUGUGAUUCUCGACUUUUCCGGUGUACCGCAUUUGGAUUUGACUGGUUUGCAGACACUCAUUGAUACACGCAAUGUAUUGGACAGACAUGCCAGUCGUCCUGUACAGUGGCGAUUUGUGGGCAUCUCAAAUCCUUGGAUCAAGCGAGCGUUGGUGAAGGGCAAUUUUGGCGUUGGUGAGGACCGUGACUUGUCAGUCUUCUCGGUUGCGCAUAUGGAGAAUGCAUCGGAUCAAUGGACGCAGGGUAAACCGCACGAUACAGAAUCUGGUAUUGAGCAGGUCACGACGCAACGGUCAUCAGCACGGCCGAGGGUGAGUUACUUGCCCUUGUUAUCCAUUGAUCGGCCGUACUUUGCCGCUGAUAUCGAUGAAGCCAUUCGGGCGGUUGAAGAAACCAGUGUUGUGACGCAUCCGUUGGAUAAACGCACGAGCAGUGAAGCGAGUGAUGAAAGGGAUGCUGAAGCGAGUGGUUCGAGUUCAUCGAAACGCACAUCGCAGGAUCAAGCUUACUUUGUUGCAAAGGAGUAAUUCACAUAUGCAUAGCCAUUUCAAACAUAUCUUCACACAUGUCUAGCAAAUCUAACUCGAGCACGAUUCGUUGCUAGCACUGA